AUGGCCGAGAAAAAGGACCUGGAGGCCGGUGACCCCGAGCUAGAAUGUGUUCGGAAACCGAUGGACCUGCCAACCCUGCCGAAGCCGCUGACCUUGGAGGAGAAAAAGUAUCUCCUGGCCGUCGAGCGAGGGGAUAUGGGCAAUGUGAGAAGAAUUCUCCAAAAAGCCCACCGCAAGAAACACAUAGAAAUCAACUGCGUAGACUCGUUAGGUCGCGGAGCAUUAACCUUAGCCAUCGAUGGAGAAAACCUCGAGAUGGUGGAACUGCUGGUCAUCAUGGGAGUGGAUACUAAGGAUGCUUUGCUGCAGGCCAUUAAUGCUGAGUUCGUGGAGGCUGUUGAGUUGUUGUUGGAGCAUGAAGAGUUGAUACAUAAGGAGGGAGAGCCUUACAGUUGGCAGAAAGUAGACCCCAACACAGCGAUGUUCACUCCAGACAUAACUCCUCUAAUGCUGGCAGCCCAUAAGAACAACUAUGAAAUCAUCAAGAUAUUGCUGGACCGCGGAGCCACGCUGCCCAACCCUCAUGACGUGAAGUGCGGUUGUGAGGAGUGUAUCCGCGAGUCUUCAGAGGACUCACUACGUCAUUCGUUAGCUCGACUCAACGAGUACAGAGCUUUAGCAUCUCCAUCACUUAUCGCUCUAUCUUCAACUGAUCCUAUACUGACAGCUUUCCAGCUCUCUUGGGAACUAAGGAACUUGGCUUUUGCUGAACAGGAAAGUAAAGCAGAAUACCUAGAACUUCGUCGGCAGUCGCAAAUGUUUGCCGUAGAUCUAUUAGACCAGUCGAGAAGCUCUCAGGAGCUGGCCAUCAUCCUGAACCACGACCCGGAUGAACCGGCUUUUGUUGAUGGUGAUCAUAUGAAGCUGGCUAGAUUGGAACUCGCUAUUGAUUUUAAGCAGAAGAAGUUCGUAGCCCACCCAAACAUCCAACAGCUCUUAGCAUCCAUCUGGUACGAAGGCGUCCCCGGCUUCCGUCGCAAGACCGCCAUGGAGAAGAUCAACAUCAUCUGUCGCGUCGCCUUGUUGUUCCCUUUCUACUGCACUCUGUACAUGAUCGCCCCUAACUGCGCCACCGGCAAGCUGAUGAGGAAACCCUUCAUGAAGUUCUUGAUUCACGCCUCUAGUUAUUUGUUCUUCUUGUUGAUUCUCAUCCUGGUAUCACAAAGAGCGGAGGUGCAAGCAAUACAACUAUUCGGUCCAGAGUGGAUGGUCAAAGAGCUGGAAAAGGAACUUCUGAAACAACGAGGAAAUGGACCCACUUAUCUAGAACUUGUCGUAGUGGUAUAUGUUUUAGGCUUCAUCUGGGAAGAAACGCAAGAAAUCUACAUCGAAGGCAUCCGAUCCUACCUUCGUAACAUGUGGAACUUCAUAGAUUUCACCAGGAACUCUCUGUACGUGGCCGUCGCUGUGUUAAGGUUUGCUGCCUAUAUACAGCAGACCACUGAGAUCAGAAGAGACCCUCAGACUAAGUUCAUUCCUAGAGAGAAUUGGGAUGCCUUCGAUCCUCAGUUGAUAGCUGAGGGAUUGUUUGCUGCGGCUAAUAUUUUUAGUGCCCUGAAGCUGGUGCACUUGUUCUCCAUCAACCCUCACUUGGGGCCGCUGCAGAUCUCCCUCGGCCGCAUGGUCAUCGACAUCGUCAAGUUCUUCUUCAUCUACAGCCUCGUGCUUUUCGCCUUCGCUUGCGGGUUAAAUCAACUGCUAUGGUACUUCGCGGAUCUGGAGAAACGCAAAUGCUACGUGCUCCCUGGUGGGCUACCCGAUUGGGAUAAUGCUGGAGACUCUUGUAUGAAAUGGAGGAGUUUCGGAAACGUCUUCGAAGCUUCCCAAUCUCUAUUCUGGGCGUCCUUCGGCAUGGUUGGACUUGAGAACUUCGAGCUGGCCGGUAUAAAGAGCUACACCCGGUUCUGGGGCCUGCUGAUGUUCGGCUCAUACUCCGUCAUCAACGUCAUCGUGUUGCUCAAUCUACUUAUAGCUAUGAUGUCCAACUCUUAUGCUAUGAUUGAGGAACACUCCGACGUAGAAUGGAAAUUCGCUCGCACUAAAUUGUGGAUGAGUUACUUCGAAGAGAGCGCUACUCUGCCGCCUCCGUUCAAUAUAUUCCCCACGCCUAAGCUUUUGCUCAAAAUGCUCGGCUUGAGGAAGAAGGAUAAGCUGAGGAAGAUGAAGAUGAAGGAACAAAAAGAAAAAGAGCACGAUGUUCGCUACACAGCAGUCAUGAGAGCUCUAGUCUGGCGUUACGUAUCCGCCAUGCACAGGAAGAUGGAUGAUGAGCCGGUAACUGAGGAUGACAUCAACGAGCUGAAGGGAGAUGUGUCGGCCUUGAGAUAUGAACUGCUUGAGGUCUUUGAGAAGAACGGCAUGGAUGUCAGCUUCACUGAUAGGAAGGAGAAGAUGGUCCUAGGCAAACGCAUGAAGGUUUGGGAGCGUCGUCUCAUGAAAGACUUCCACGUAGCCCCCGUGGCUUUGGAUGAAGAGAAACCAGCUGAUGAAGAUGGACUGUCACGGUUCAGGAGGAUCGCGAAGCUAGCAGUUGCAAAUACCUCUAAUGCUAAAUGGGACCAAACGCUUGCUAGUACUGGGAUUUCGUCUCAGAUUGGCCGCUGUCGCAGCAGAGAAUCAUUCAAGAACCAGCAAAACUUGCAGAGAGCUAUGGAAGAGGCUAGGAAGUUGGUGCUUAGGUCUCCAUUGCCAGAAGGUUCGAGAGUUGGAACUCCUAUCGAAAUGCCCAUCAGCCCUGGUCACACACUCCUGGAGCUGAUCAAGGACAUAUCUACUGAAGUUGGGGAAACUGAACCUGAAGGGACCACUUCACCACCUAAGUCUCCUUGGAAACCACCAGGAGAAGCAGGUGUACCAGGUAUAGCUGUAGGAGCGUUACUUUCCGCAGCAGACGCUCGCAGUAGACCGGUGUCUCCUAAACCAGCUACUUCAACAGCCCCGUCUCCUAUCCCUGGGCCUUCAACUGCAGCUUCACCAGUACCUGCUAAGACUCCGCCAAAGUGUCCAUCACCAGUACCAACUUCGAGGGUGGCUAGUCCAGUACCGCCAACUGUCAGUCCAACUGGUGAAGGAAAUACUUCUCCACAACCAGAUCCAAGUCCCUUGAAGGCAAAGCGUGUGCCAGGAGACUCGCCUCCUAAAGUGAUCAAGAGAAAGCCAUCAGGACCGCCAUCUCCUUCAGGAGGGCCAGCGGCAUCUGAUAAACCUGAAGAAACUGACACCAAGCCUGUUGAAGCUAUCGCUGUAGCCAGACCCGUGGCUCCUGAGAUCAAGCCUUCCGAAGGAGCCAUACCACCCCCACCGCCGCCUGUUAAGCCUAAGGCUCCACAAGCACCCACAAUGGAGGUGACACCCAGCACCCCGCCCGUUCACACUCCGUCACCCCCCGAGGCAAAGCCGCCGUCACCUCCUAAGGCCGCCGCCAAGCCGCCGUCACCUCCUAAGACUGCCGCCAAGCCGCCGUCACCUCCGAAGGUAGCCCCACCACCGCCGAGGACACCGUCUCCACAACCUUCCACUUCUGCUAAGGUUGAUCCAUCACCCCCAUCUCCUCCAAAGCGGCUGACUUCAACUUCGAGCACGGAACAGCUAAUUCCACCAUCAUCUCCUGAACCACUACGUCCCGCGAAGAAACUGGAUGAGAUCAAAACUAUUAAGAGACAGCAGAAGACUGGCUGGCUUUAGAUGUUUCCAUUGUAUUUUCUUACAUGUCGUGUUAACUCAUUUAAUUUAUUUUGUACCUGUUUCUAUCAAAUAAAUUAUACCUAUGGAUUUAUUAAGAAAAUAUUUAAUGUCGCUAAUGCUUAGAAAACGACGUAUUAGGUAAAAACUUAAAUGUGUCCUGUUUCAAAUUACGUACGUAUAGGUAAACAUUUUAGAACAAAAAAUAUUUCUCUAGAUUCGCUUGGUAGAAUUAAAUCUCAUUUUUAUGAUUUUAGAACUUUUACUUUUGUUUUCGUUUUGGAUUUCAAUGGAUCUUACUAAAUUAAAUGAGUUAAUACCACAUACCUAAAGAUCAUUUCUUUAUGUCCCUAUUUCUGCUUAAGAUAAAAAUACUUAAAUAAAUAUUUUCAGUCUUUACGUGCAGCUAGGUUUGGUUGGAAAGUGAAUGAAGUAAGCUAUUGUGACGUCCGAAAAAAACUUUUAAAAAAAACUUACCGAUAUUUUUUUUGCUUGCAACAUUUUAAUUUAAUUUAAUUUUUCUUUACUGCAGAAUUAAUAUUUUUUAUUUUAAUUUGUUUGUGGUGAUCAAUUUUUUUUAUCAAUAUCAACUUUUUUUUUGAUGUUCAUUAAAAUGUAACCCUAUGAGUUUUUUUUCCUAAAAUUGCCACCUAUGAAAAUAUGACACCUUUUCUUUCGGUAAUUUUUCCUCAAGUUUACCACAAUCAAUAGUUACUCGUAUAUUUUCAGCGAGAGCUCGCGUGUAGUUUCAGAGCGUCAAAUUCAUGACUAAUAUGAAUGUCUGAUAGACCGCGGUAGUCCCGUCUGUUAUACGAUUCUUUAUUGAUUUGGUUACUUGAAUCUCCAUUCUUUAUUCUAAAUAUAAAUGUGUAUUUUUUUCACGCCUUUUUUUAUUUUGUUUGUCUUUUGUUAUUUCAUUAUCAAUCAUUUGUUAGUUUAUUUUUUUAAUAUAAUUAAUUAAAUCACUUUAUUCUUUG